AUGGGUUGGGGUGAUUUGGGAGUUUUUGGAGAGCCUUCUAAGGAAACUCCUAACUUGGACCAGAUGGCUUCAGAAGGGAUGCUUUUCCUGGAUUUUUAUACUGCUAGCCCCCUCUGCUCUCCAUCAAGGGCAGCACUGUUGACGGGCCGUCUCCCAAUCAGGAAUGGCUUUUACACCACAAAUGCACAUGCCAGAAACGCAUACACACCACAGGAUAUAGUAGGAGGAAUCCCAGAUUCUGAGUUACUGCUUCCAGAGCUGCUGAAGAAAGCAGGAUACAUCAAUAAGAUCAUUGGCAAAUGGCAUCUGGGUCACAGGCCCCAAUUCCACCCCCUGAAGCAUGGGUUUGAUGAAUGGUUUGGAUCCCCUAACUGCCAUUUUGGACCUUAUGAUAACAGAGCACUCCCCAAUAUCCCUGUGUAUAGGGACUGGGAGAUGAUUGGCAGAUAUUAUGAAGAUUUCAAAAUUGAUCUGAAGACAGGUGAAGCCAACUUGACUCAGAUCUACCUGCAGGAAGCUCUCGAUUUUAUUAGCAGGCAGCAGGCCAGCCAACAGCCAUUCUUUUUAUACUGGGCAAUUGAUGCUACCCACGCUCCUGUUUAUGCCUCCAAACAUUUCCUGGGUACUAGUCAGAGAGGACUGUAUGGCGAUGCUGUGCGAGAAAUUGAUGAUAGCAUAGGAAAAAUUUUAAAACAUCUUCAGAAGCUGGGUAUCAGUGAGAACACUUUUGUGUUUUUCACCUCUGAUAAUGGAGCUGCUCUCAUUUCGGCUCCUAAACAAGGUGGAAGCAAUGGUCGUUUUCUGUGUGGUAAACAAACCACCUUUGAAGGUGGCAUGAGAGAGCCAGCUAUUGCUUGGUGGCCUGGGCAUAUACCUGCAGGAGGGGUAAGUCAUCAGCUGGGCAAUGUGAUGGAUCUCUUCACCACCGGCCUCGCCCUGGCGGGACUGCAGCCCCCAAGUGACAGACAGAUUGACGGCAUUGACCUUUUACCUGCCAUCUUGCAGGGACGGCUAAUUGACAGGCCCAUAUUCUAUUACCGUGGCAACGAGAUGAUGGCAGUGAGAGUCGGGCUUUACAAGGCUCACUACUGGACCUGGAGCAACUCCUGGGAGGAGUACGGCAAGGGCAUCGAUUUCUGUCCUGGGCAGAAUGUCUCUGGAGUGACAACACAUACGCAGGAGGAGCACACCACUCUGCCGCUGCUCUUCCACUUGGGGAGGGACCCUGGAGAAAAGUAUCCGUUAAGUUUUGCCAGUGCUGAGUAUCAAGAAGCUAUGGAGCGAAUAUCUGGCGUUGUCCAGCAACACAAAGGGACCAUGGUGCCAGGAGAGCCACAGCUUAACGUAUGCGACAAGGCCAUCAUGAAUUGGUCUCCCCCAGGCUGCGAGAAGCUAGGGAAGUGCCUGAAACCACCCGAGUCUGAUCCAAAGAAGUGCUUUUGGCCUCACUAAUCUUUUCUGCGGCCCUCGGGAGCUACUCAAAAAAGCCAUAACCAACUGGACAUAUGGUUUACAAUGCAUGUUUUCUCAUGUUGGCACUCCUGUUUACACAGGAAGGGUGUGAUGUAUGAUAUCAUCAUUUGCUCUUCCAAAAGAACCAGUGUUUAUAUUGGUAGCGCUCAGGGUUUUAGCCUGUACUCUUCUUCUGUUUCAGUUGUUGCUGUAAAUGGUAAAUUUUCAGUGAAGACCAUUUCAACUGGAAAAGCUCUUUAGACAACCACAAGUCUGCCAUUACCUCAGAAACGCCAUGGAUGCACCUUUCCUCUUGCUCCUUCCACUCAACCUGCCCUCUCAAAUCAUCACUCCUUCCGAUGGCCCACAGUGGCCACAGAGGAUGUUCAGGGAGGUUACAGCUACCCGAGAGCCCUGCCCAAACUGGCCUUGUUUUGUUUGCAUGUAACUUGUUGUUUUAACAUUUAAUUUCCACUGUGAGAUCUUUGGGCACAAGCUUGUUUUUUCUGUUCUUCCUAAACUUGUGAGUACUGGGUGCAGCUGUAUGGCCCAGAUGGCUGCUGUGUGUAGCUGAGCGCAAACAAGCGCUCCCUCCUGCGCUCUAGAAUAAAGGAUCGGCUUCAGGGAGGAGAACGCCCCGUCCUUUCCAUCUGUAGCUGCAGACAUUCACUAGGUGGUGUUAUAAAGAAUGGUGAGGACAGUGUUUGUUUAAGUAUUGCCUUACUGCUGGUAUGCAGGGUGUUCUUGGGAAGCUGGAGAUGGGUUGUUCAUUUAAGGGGUUUCCUUCAUUCCUGAAAAUCUAGGCCCAAAUAUGGUUGAAGUCACGCUUCAGUUCUCAUGAUCUGGGCCCAGCCAACUAGAGGCUCAGAAGUGCCCAUUUACAUCAGAUGUUAACUCUUGACCCUGUUUCCAGUGUAUGCUCUCUGAGGAAUUCUCCUUGUGCAAACUUUCCACAGCCUGGGUGUAGCACUUCUCUAAACAUAGUUCAUGAUAAAUGCAGAUCCUUAGCACAGUUUCACACUAGAGAUGUUUCAUCUGCUUCUGAGUGUUUUUCACACCCACUGCUAUUGCUAAUAACUGUUUCUUGUACAGAACCUAAUGAGGUUAUUCUGAGGCUUCAGGGGAGAAGCUGGAAGCAAUCCUGGGCAGGCUCUUUGGGCACUAACGGCUCCCCUUCCACCCCUCCAGUGUUUUAAACAGUACAUGUGCUCUCUUCCGUACCAGAAGAACUGCCCUACUUCCUUCCCAAGCAAAGCCUGGGACUCCAGAUGGAUUGAAAGCUCUGCUUCUGCGGCAACUGCUGUGCUACUACCUACUGUGUUCUCAACGUUUUUGUUCUUACUCUCCCUAUAAACCCAAAUGCUCUCAUUCUAUCCCUUCCCAUGGUAUACGCUACCUGUAAUCCUCUCCGCUGUAAUUCCUAGUAUACGACUCGUGAAGCUGGAUAAUCCUGUAAGAUUGUAAUAAGUACAGCUCUUGCGUUGGCUCCUACUGCCCCACCUGUCAGAAAUCACAACCAACAGCAGCAGCCAGUGCUGCAUCCUCCGGCAGACCCUUACUGCUUCUCUGAAUCUCACUCUCUGCUCAUCUGCAAACGGGACUUGUUUAUUGCCCCGACAUCUUAACUGCCUUGUGAUGUUCCUAGCUGUUCCUCCAGUGUCUCAAGGCAUUUGCAGUUCAUCCAUAACAUUUCUCCUUGUUUUGACACAGCGUGGAUAGCUUAAGUUCUUGCGAAAUCCAGAGCAGCCUAUGUUACUAUAUGAGAAGGAGCGAUGGGACUUCCAGCAGCCAUGAACAGCACGGGAAACCAGACAGAACCAAUAGCUUUCCAUUUUCUGGGUCUGUUCCACCCCUGCUUUAGUGCUUCUAUCACCUAGAAAUGUUCAGAGCCCAACAGUCCACUGUUAUCAGCAGAUAAAGAUACCACCAGAUGAGGGAGUCUGUCACUGCAACUCCCUGAAAAUUGCUGUCAGCUCCUGAAUAGCUAUGAGCGUGUCUGCUGCAAAUUACAACAACGCUUUGUCUUUCUGUGUACCAUUUAUUAAGGGAUCAUAUAGCAGGAUCGCAGCUCAUCUUCCGCAUACUGGCCUGGACACGCUUUCCCUGCUCCCAGCCUUCGCAGCCUGCACAUUGUGAGUUUGCUGGAUGCCUCUUACCCUGUGUCCCUUCCUUGCUGGCCUGGCAGUUCAUUCUUUUCUCUUUCACAGCUUACAGUUUUGAGGAUGCUGCUUUUCCCCUGUCUGUGUAACUUGCUUGCACAAGACGACCUGUUCUCAGCGUGCGCAGUGUUUGGUUACCCAGCACAAAAAGACCUCAUCUCUUUUUGAAAAAGUAGUUUCUCAGUGCACAGAUGCUGGACAUACACUUCAUAGACACAGCUCUAGAAAGCUGGCUGCUAUCCGUGAAUUAAGUUGUUGUUUACUUACCUGCUUCAUGCUCAUUUAUUAUAAAAGAUCGAAGUUUAAUACGAGGGAGCCGCUGCUUUAAAUUUAAAUAAGAAUAGUAGUCUUAGAGCUGGAUAGCUAAGAAGAAUUUUAAAUCAAUGCCUUUUUCAAAGAUGUACAGAUUUUAAAGUUGUGAGAUGAGGAAUUGAUGAACAAAAAUAAACUAAUUUAUCAUUCA